AAGAGAUAUUCAGUACACAAGUGCAUAACAAGCUAUUUAACAAUAUAUAGAUUAAUUUGAGUCUAGGCAAACUAAAGCAUCAGAGUAAUUGUUGGUUUCUAUGUAAAAACUAAAAGAUUUUAGUAAAUGUUUGUCAUUUACUAUAGAGUUUACUAUAGAAUUUUAGAUAGAACUUAGUAAAAGAAAUUUCUGAUGGUUCCCUGGUUUUAUAAGCCCAUAAAGACAUUGAAAAAUUAUAAGGUAAUCAUUUAUCAAAACUAAUUGCAUUAAUGCAUAAUUAUGUUUCAUUAAAUAAUAAUAAUUACACAGAUUACCUAUUUUGUAUUUUUUUUUAGAAAAUGUAAAUGUGUUGUUUUUAGACACUUUCUUAGUUUGCUGCAAUUGAAUAUACAGUAAUGUGAAACUUGAAAAACUGUGAUAAUUAUUUUGUAAAUAUUUUUCAUUAAAUUGUAAUGUGUCGAUGAUUUGCAAUAAUUACAUUAUUUAAAAAUUACCCGUGUUCACUAACUUACGUGAAUGCAUCAGUAGUCACGUAAAGACGCGCUAUAACGAUAUCUUUUUUUAAUGGCUGCGUGAAACACUUUUGAACUAUAAUAUUAGGAUAAAAUGGUCACUGAAAUAAAACAGGUGCUGCGGCUGCUUAUGCUCAUGGCGAAGCAGAGACAGCAGCGGGUUGCAAAGACAGAAGCAGGAGGGGGAGGACUCCUGGUUCUUCUGUGGUCUGCGGAAAAAAAUAUCCCUCAGGGUUUGAACUGCACUGUGGCAGCUGCGGGUUCCUGGUGUAGAGGGAUUCAAAUGCGUCAAUUCCAGAGUGCCUUCACAGAUUUGAAGGACCGUGUAUUUCCCCUUGCGUUCCUGUGUCCUGAUCCUGACCCCGAGGAGCUGUUUGCGUUCACUGAGUUAUAUGGGUCCCUCAGAGUACUGUUGUCAUUUCAGAUGAGAAACAUAAGGCAUUUUAGCCCAGAGUGUCAAACUCACAUAGAGACACUUCUUAAAAUAUUCAGUUUGGUUAAUGCAGGGAUUGAAAUCUACCUUACAUCCAAACUUAACCAGGAGACCGCCCAUUCAGAAUUCAGAGCGAAGAACAAAAGUAAAGUAGAAAACUCGGGCAGAAUUUCACUGAUUUUGGAUGUCACCAGCAAUACACAGGCUCCAAAGUGGGUGAAAAAAGAGUGCUGGUGUCAGGGAGGACACCCUGUCCUCGGAGACCCAUUGUCACUCAGUAUUCCACCACAAGUCAUGGAUGGGGGCCUGUACGGGGAGCUCAGCAUUCAGCCUGUGACACUUCUCAGUCCCUGUAUGCUGCAGUACCCUAAUGUGGCAACCCAGCUCACUCACAUACAAGUUUUGGUUUACGGGCCCAGUAAUGUUCCUGUCACAGGCCCCUCCACCUACCUCAAGAACCUUCCUGCCCAUCUGGACUAUAAAGAUCUGGGUCUGCAUAGGCUUCACUGCUCCUCUUUCAAAGAUCUUCUCAAUGGCGGUACUAUGUAUGAAGUUCAGCAAGAAAACGAUGACAGAGAGUCAAGUCUUCCCACAAUGCACCAGAGUCUACUGCUUCUACUCUUUCUGCAGUACAGUGACCCUUUUACCUCCGAGAUGUCUGAUGUCAUGGCUGCAGAAGCACUGAUAGAGCACCAUCUGGAGGAUAUUUUGUGCAACAACAGUCAGGCUGUCACAGCAGCUCUGCAGGCUGAACUCGAGAACGCACUGAAGCCUCAAAAUCAAAGAAAAAGGAAACAGGAGAAGCUGUCUACAGCUUUGGAUAUAAUUGUCAGUUCAUCUGUCAAUAUUGUGAGCCGCAGCAGUAAUUUGGACUUCAGGAAUGCUUGUCUCAACAGAAUAAAGGUGCCUGACACUCACCAACUGUCGGCCACCCUCUGUGAAACUCUGAGGAGAGUGACAUCAUGGAAAUUUACUCCCAGGAGCCAGUGCUACUCUGCUCCAAUAGAUGAAAAUCCUCAGGGUAAUGAGUCUACCAGAGCAGAAAUGUGACACCAUCUGUAUUUGCCUUUAAAUAGAUUUGUUCUCAGCCUCUGAAAGCAGUUUGCUUAUGGAGUGAGUGGCAGUAAACUUUAACCUAUCGUUGCAAUACAUUUUGAGUAUGUUGAAGUAAAUGAAAAACAAUAUUUCAGCUUUUUCUGAGUAUGUUUAUAAUACAUGCAGUGGUAUAUUUUGUUAUUAAAAAAUAAUUUAAGUUUCAACUUGUAUUAGUUUUCAUUGUUAAUUCCUCUGACUGCUAUGUCUUCUUCCUCUCGUUCUGGUGAUUUGAUGAGUUGUAUUUUCGAAAAUUACGUCGGUAUUUGGUGUUUUUUAAGUCGACUGAUGUGCUAAAAAGUAUGUUCCACUUAUUGCCGUUGGAUGGCAACAGCGGGCUUUGAGGCAUUCUUCACUUCCGCUUGUUUAUUUUGUCAGCCGUGACGUAGCUUCUGGCCGCCAACGUCGACUUCACUUUUUCGCGGUAAAUGAAUAGUGUUUCUAUGCAGGAGUUGUUUAGAGCCUUGUCAUCUUUUAAGGGAGAAGUUUAGAAGUAACUGCUGCAUAUAGGGGCAACGUAGUUGGAAAAAUUGCGUUGUCGUUGUUAUGAAACAACGGUAAAGCUUACCAUAAGGCCGGCAGACAUUUGUUCUAAUUGUAAA